AUGAGGAAAUUCUUCAGGGAAGCAAAGCAAAAAAUUGAGGCCGAGAUCGCCUCCAUCACCGGCGACGAUGAGCCUCAACAGCAACAGCAGCAGCAGCAGCAGCAGUACGAUCCCCCUCAACAGCCGCCGCACCAGGGCUUCGAGCGAGCAGUGUUUGCUCAUUUCAUGCUGAGUAACACGUGUGAAUAUACCGUCGACGAGUACAAGGUCGACAUUGGUCUAGCCCAACAAGCGCACAUUGAUGCCUUUGUCUUGAACUUUGGUAUCCACGAGGAGGCCAUCGUCAGGCUUCCCGACGUCUUCGCCGCGGCCGAGCAGACGGGCUUCAAGCUGCUCUUGUCGUUCGACUACGAGGGAGCCGGGGCAUGGCCCAAGGAGCGCGUCAUUGAGAUCGUUAGCAGAUUUGGCCCAUCUCCAGCCUAUUUCAAACGCGGCUGGCAGCCCGUCGUCUCAACGUUUGAAGGCGUCGGCAACGCCGCAGACUGGCACGAGAUCAAGGCCGCGACGGGCUGCUUCUUCAUCCCCUCCUUCUCCUCCGUCGGCGCCGAGAACGCGCUCAAGACGGGCGUCACCGACGGCCUCUUCAGCUGGGCCGCCUGGCCCCACGGCAACACCCGCAAGAUGGACGAGGGGCUCGACGCCUCGUACCGGCACUUCUUGGGGCCCCAUCGCCCCUACAUGGUCGCCGUCUCCCCCUGGUUCUACACAAACCUGCCCACCUGGAACAAGAACUGGGCGUGGAAGGGCGACGACCUGUGGAACGACCGGUGGAAUGAGAUUCUAGCCAUGAGGCCUGAAUAUGUGCAAAUUCUCACCUGGAACGACUUUGGUGAAUCCCACUACAUAGGCCCCCUACACGAAAAACAAUUCGGCGCCUUUGAAUACGGCAAAGCCCCCUUCAACUACGUCCGCGACAUGCCCCACGACGGCUGGCGCCUCCUCCUCCCUUUCCUCAUCGACCUCUACAAAUACGGAAACGCCACAUUCACCCGGGAAGGGCUGGUCACCUGGUACCGCCUGCACCCAGGUCACGCCGGCGAUGCGGGCGGCACGACGGGCAACACCAGCAGCCAUGGCCAAGAACUCUUCCACCCGGCCGAGAUCAUGGAGGACAAAAUCAUCUUCUCCGCGCUGCUCACGGGCCCCGCGCAAGUGACGGUCAGCGUCGGCGGGGUCGCCGAGGAGGCGACCUGGGACGACGACGGUGUACCCCGGGGCGGCGUCGGGGUCUAUCAUGGCAGCGCGCCGUUCAACGGCCGGACUGGCGAGGUUGUGGUCACUGUGCACCGUGGCGGAGACGUCGUUGCUCAGGUGCAGGGGCGGCCCAUCACGACAGAGUGCGAUCAUGGAGGAAUGAACAAUUGGAACGCUUGGGUGGGCGCUGCCAACUCCCAUGCGGAAACACACGCCGUUGCGCAUUUGGGUUAG